CUUCUCCAACCCAACCAUCAAAACUCCCAAAGACUCAUUUUUCUUUGUACAUCUUAAAGCCUUCAUAAAUUUUAAAAUUCCCAGUGGACCCCACAAGGCAUAACUUGAGAAAAAUACACAUGGCAAGUUUUGGGCCUCUUUGCUGCAAAGCUCUAGUGAUAGCCGUGGUGGCUAUGGUGAUGGGUGCACCAAGCUAUGGCCAAAUCAGCACGCCAUGUAACGCUUCAAUACUAGGCACUUUCUUCACACCUUGCAUGAAUUUUCUGACUAAUAGCAGUGGCAAUGGAACCUCACCAACAACGGAGUGCUGCAGUGCCCUUAAAUCUCUCACAAGUGGUGGCAUGGAUUGUUUGUGUCUCAUUGUGACUGGCAGCGUUCCCUUCAGAAUACCCGUCAAUCGAACCUUAGCCAUUUCUCUCCCUCGUGCAUGCAACAUGGCCGGUGUCCCAGUGCAAUGCAAAGCCUCGGGUUCACCACUCCCUGCUCCUGGACCAGUGUCUCUUGGACCAUCUCCUUCGCCAGCAUCAGCUCCAUCUGCUCCCUCUGGAUUUACUCCAACCCCUAGUCCUCAAGCUUCUACUGUUCUCCCAUCACCAACUUCACCUUCUCUGGCACCACAAUCUGACACAACUACUCCCUCUCUUUUGACUCCACCAUCUCCAUCAGCGGAUUCUGGUAACCCAUCUGUACCAACUGGAAGUGGUCGCACUAAUCUCUCUCCAUCAUCUGCCAUGACAUCUUACAGUGUCUCACCUUCUCUUCUCUUCAUUGCACUUGGAUUUGCUCUUCUCAAAUACUACUAGCUUGUGUGUUCGCCAUAUCUUAUGAUUUGUGAAGACCUACUUUAUACAUAUAUAGAUAUUAUGUUUCUAUAUAUUAUAUUCUUUACCGUGUGGCCAUUACCUUAGAUUUUAAGAUUGUCUCAGACCCCACAUUUGGGGGAGUAUUUAUCGUACUUUUGCAUUUUAAUGUAUAUAUGUAAAAAAAAAAAUGGAAACUGAAGUUCUUGUUAUUUUAUUCAGUCUUGAA